GAGCUCCACAUUUCUGGAUAACAGGAUCGGGAUCUCUGGAGCGACGGAGACUACUCAGCGCAGUCCGCUCUGAGUAACGACUGCAGCAGACCCGCUACAGCCUGCUCCAAUAAGCGCAUGAAGUAAAACCAUCCCCGACAACAUGCAUCUCUAAAAGCUUCAGCGGGCCAUCUUUUGUCUAGCCUGAGGGGGGGAAAGUCUGCAAGCCCACUUUCCUUGCUCCACUGAGGUGAACUGAGCGUCAAAAGACCCUUUUCUUUUUCGGCUACACUGUUUUUUCCUUUCCCCCCCUCUUCCGCUUCUCGCAGUCCAUUGCUCGAUAUUAUUGGACGAUUUUCUUUUCUCUUAAGCACCACGGUUUCCCCAGAGUCUACCUGCUUUUCCAGCACCCAUGAAUUCAGAUAAAAAUGUGUAUCUUGGAAAAGACAAAGGCAUCAUGCGGAAGAGAGCCUUGCUCCUUCGGAAGGGUUGCAGCUUCGAGAUUUCCAGCUCUGCCUCAGAGGACUUGGGCUGCAGGCGUGGAGACUUCAGCAGGAAACACUAUGGUUCAGUUGAGCUGCUGAUAUCCAGUGAUGCAGAUGGGGCCAUUCAGAGGGCAGGGCGCUUCAGGGUGGAGAAUGGCUCAUCAGAUGAGACUUCGGACUACACUCCAGGAACCUGGAGGAGAACCGAUGUCCAUCUGGAGAAUCCAGAGUACCACACCAGAUGGUUCUUUAAAUACUUCUUGGGAAAAGUCCACCAGAAUUAUGUGGGCACAGAUGCAGAGAAGAAUCCCUUCUAUCUAUCAGUCGUCCUCUCAGACCAGAACAACCAACGUGUUCCUCAGUAUCGAGCCAUCCUCUGGAGAAAGACGGGCACCCUGAAGAUCUGCCUCCCCUACAGCCCAACAAAAACACUAUCAGUCAAGUCCAUCCUAAGUGCAAUGAACAUGGACAGGUUUGAGAAAGGCCCCAGGGAGAUCCUCAACCCAGAGAUUCAGAAGGACCUGUUGGUGUUGGAGGAACAGGAGGGUUCUGUCAACUUUAAGUUUGGUGUGCUGUACGCCAAAGAUGGACAGCUCACUGAUGACGAGAUGUUUAGUAAUGAGACGGGGAGUGAGAACUUUGACAAGUUUCUCAGUCUGCUGGGUGAUACCAUUACACUGCAGGGAUGGGCAGGUUACCGAGGAGGGCUAGACACCAAGAAUGACACUACAGGAAUUAAAUCCAUCUACACAGUGUAUCAAGGCCAUGAGCUCAUGUUCCACGUCUCCACCAUGUUGCCCUACUCUAAAGAGAACAAACAGCAGGUGGAGAGAAAGAGACACAUUGGAAAUGACAUUGUUACCAUAGUAUUCCAGGAAGGCGAUGAUGCGUCAUCAUCCUUCAAGCCGUCUAUGAUCCGAUCACACUUCACCCAUAUUUUUGCAUUAGUUAGGUACAAUAGCCAGACUGACAGUUACAGGUUAAAGAUUUUCUCAGAGGAAAGCGUUCCACUGUUUGGACCCCCGCUCCCAUCUCCACCUGUGUUUACUGAUCACCAAGAAUUCAGGGACUUUUUAUUAGUCAAAUUAAUCAAUGGAGAGAAAGCCACACUGGAGACACCAACGUUUGCCCAGAAGCGUCAGCGGACCCUCGACAUGCUGAUCCGCUCGCUGUAUCAAGACCUCAUGCCUGACCUGCACAAGGUUCCCUUUUCUCCCCAGAACAUGUUAAACAGACGGUCCUUCAGCGAUGUGCUGCCUGAGUCUCCAAAGUCAGCACGCAAGAAGGAGGAAGCACGGCAGGCUGAAUUUGUCAGAAUAGGGCAGGCCCUCAAGCUGAAGACCAUAGUGAGAGGAGAUGCCCCGACUAGUCUUGUUACCACAGGCUUGUGCAGGAAAGAGCCAUGGGAGUCCCAGCUGUUCUGCAGCACGUUCCCCUAUGAUAUCGUGUGCGCUGACUCCUGGGGUCAGUCUGUUCUGGUUGCUACUGACGCAGCAGGGGUCAUGCUGCUUGAUGGCCCUGAUCCAGCAGUGUUAGGCAAUGAGACACAGACCCUUCCCCCAGUGCAAGUGUUUGACAGAACCAUGGUGGUGAAGCAGAUGCACGUUCUUGAGCCUCAGGACCUGCUUAUCACCCGCACUGACAAAGGGAAGGAUGCUCGGCUUUAUGUGUUCAGACUCAGCACGAUCAAGAAAGGCCUGGAGGAGAGGCAGCUCGUCAGGGGCAAGUGUGACAGCCGGGAAAAUAAACUGGAGAAGACGAAAGGUUGUCAUUUGUACUCUAUUAACACCCACCAUGGCUCAGAGCUGAGGAUAGUAGCAGCCAUCAGGAACAAACUCCUCCUCAUCACCAGGAAACAUCCGCGUUUCAGCGCCGUCGCCACGGGAGCAGAUUCUCCUGUGGAAGAGUUUCAGUACAUACGGGAGAUCUGUCUGUGUGACCCACCGGUGGUGAUGGCUCUAGUGGACGGUCCAACUGGGGAAAAUGAUAAUAUGAUUUGUGUGGCCUACAAACAUCAAUUUGACCUGAUCAAUGAGAGCACUGGAGAUGCCUACCGGCUUCAUCACGCAGAGGCCAACAGGGUAAAUUUUGUAGCAGCCAUUGAUGUGUAUGAAGACGGGGAGGCAGGUCUGCUGUUGUGUUACAACUAUAUUUGCUACUAUAAGAAAGUUUGUCCGUUUAACGGCUCCACACCGAUGAUCCAGUCCAACACCUCGGAUUUCCACUUCAGCUGGAACCAGAUGCCCAAUGCUAUUGUUUGUGCAUUUCCUUACAUCCUGGCCUUUACCACGGACUCCAUUGAGAUUCGACUAGUGGUCAAUGGCAAUCUUGUGUACACAGCAGUGGUCCCGGAGCUGCAGCUGGCUGCUUCACGGUCAGACAUCUAUUUCGUUUCAUCGGCUCCGGUGAGCUCAGCCUCCAACUGCAGCUCGAGAGACACCAGUUCCCAGAGUUCCCCACAGACGCCCACCGGCUAUGAGAUGCCCAUGUUCCCUUCGCCGCUCGGUGAUGAUUCUAUACGGAUCCCCUAUGGUACCAAGCUUUCCCUGUACAUGUCUAAGGAUGCUGAAGGCGAAGCAGCAUGCAAGCAUAUCUUUAAGAUCCCUCUGUGUAACUUGGUGGGCCGCAGCAUUGAAAGACCCCUGAAGUCCCCCCUCGUCAACAAGGUGCUGACGACACCGGCCCCCGUCAUGGUGCCCCCUGCUCCCCUCAUCUCUGCAACACAUUCGCUUUCCUUAUCACGCAUGGAGAUCAAAGAAAUAGCCAGUCGCACACGGAAGGAGUUGCUCGGCUUGACAGAGGAACCAAGUGGGAAAUCAGACGGGGGAUCGGUCAAACAGAGAAAGAUGAGCAAAAAGAACACUGAGGAGGAGCCCAAAGUACGAGCGCUGACAUCAACGAACAGUGACAGGCUAGCCUCAGAGUCCAGCGACGCAGAUCAGGAUGUCCAGCUGCACUGUUCGUCCAGUUCGGAGGCCGAGCCAGAGAAGGUGGUGCUGCAGGCAGAGAGCCCGCCUCUCACCAGCGCGUUCUCCCUCUCCACGUCCUUUGAAGAAGAUGUCUUGGACCUAAAGUGAAGACGAACCCAUUGUGCACUUCUCUGCCCACCAACUUCUGUACUGUCGCCUUUCCUCUGUUGUUUUGGUUGGUUUCUGUUUUGUUGAGCUCUGUCGCCUUGUCGCUUUUUCUUUAUACCCUGGGAUUCUGGGUCUCCCCGUUCAUUGGACAAGAUGGUUGGAGUGGGAGUUGGAAGACGUGUGUGUGUGUGUGUGUGUGUGUGUGUGUGUGUGUGUGUGUGUGUGUGUGUGUGUGUGUGUGUGUGUGUGUGUUUUCGUGAGCAGUCCCUCAGCUGCUGUGUGUUGGGUGUUUGUGUUGCCCCACAGCAGAUAACCCAAAGAGGUUGCGUACGAUGCCGUGGUGUAUUCAGACUUCUGCAAGAGCUUUGAGAUAACGGUUUGAUCCUAAACCACAAACUGAAUGUAAAUCUGUGCACCAAGGCAUGAGAAAACUCUCUGCAUUCUCAAUUCCCUCUUACGUCGCAAGAGCUUAUGUGUUGUGUGUUAUGUGAUUAUUUCCAAUCCACUUUCAAAUAUUGUAUGAUAUGAAUAUGUGUACAUCUGUUUAUACAUGAAAGUGCACACAUGCAGGCAUAUAUGCCUGCCUGGCCUGUGAUGCAUAUUUAUAGAUAUAUUAUAAAAAUCAAUUUUAUUCCCAUAUUUAGUAAAAGUAUGAUUCUUUUUAUGCUCUCUGCACAUUUUAGUCCUUAUUGUUCUCCUUACCCAUGGUAUACAGAUAGACAGACCUGGAGGCAAAAGGUCCCCCAAGUGCCAUUUGCCACCGUCCUCCAUUAAAGUAGAUGUCUAACAGCCACCGUAAUCUGGUGUCUGACAGUAGCAGCCAUGAUUGUAGUCCAUGUUCGAUUACAAUGGUGACCAACAACUCCAAUCAGCUUGGAUGAAUUCCCUUCCUGGAGGCACGAUCUCAAAGGCACAAAACGUUUCUAUCUGACCUUAAAUUUGCAUGACUUGCCUUGGCUACUGUGCAAGUGUUGUGUCUUCUGCACCAAAAAAGAGAAACCACAACCUGAGACCAGAGAAAGUAGAAGUGCAUCUUUUAAGACGAUGGAUAGAGCAAGGAUGAUGGAAAGAUAACAAAACCAAAAGUGGGAAUGUAUGUGUGGAAUGUACAGCAGAAUAAUUUGUUUAAUAUCAGAAAAGGUUUACUUUGCUGAGUAAAAUUUACUUAGUUAAAAGGUAGUUGUAUCUUUAGCAAAAUAAAACUUUUUUCUAGACUAAAACUAAAGCCCAAACUUAUAGACUUAAAAAGAACAAACGCAUAAUUGAUUUAAAGAAUGCUAAAUUAUUAAUUAACUGUCCGUGAACAUCAAUUAAUCAGAAAACAUAACCCUAUUAGGGAUUCGGCUCUUAAUAGCGCUAGCUGCUGUUUAAAUCACUGGUUCUCAUUUUGAACUUCAAGACCCAGAAGGCCCUGCUGACUUUCACCCUGAGGUCCAGAGAUAGACUGAAUUACAGCCGGGACAC